UUCCCGUCCAGCUCAUGUAUAUAAACAGCCGGACGGGGGCAGUGCAGGGGAUGGUUGCCGUUUAUAAACGGCGGCCGCCAUUUUGGACUGUGCGAGUUCCCUGGGGGGCGCACGGUACCACAGUCCGGUGCCCGCUGUGUCCUCCGGGGGGAACACCGAUCGCUGUAAGUGACAUCUUGCUUACUACUCUUCAUGUGAUCACUGAUUGGCCAAUCAGUGAGCAUAUGAUCGGGACCUCACACAGAGGUCCCGUACAACAAUUGGUGUUCCACUGUGUCCUCCUAGGGAGUGCCCAC